AUGUAUGAAGAAGAGGACCCCCUCCUGUCCCAUCCCUCAGUGCUGCCUCUGGAGGGGGUGGGCCUCGGCCCCUUUGGGGGCUCGGGGGGGUCAGACAGGGGCCUGCACCUGAGAGGGGACACUCCCAUGGAUGAGCGAGGCCUGGGCUUCCACCUGCCCCCUUACCCAAGUGACUUUUCUUACUCAGGGCAAAGCUACCAAGAGGAAUACUGCUCCAAGCCUGAGGGUCCAGAGGAGAGCAUAGGUGGAGGUGGAGGUAGGGGAGCCUUGUCUGAGAGGCAGCCCAGCUUUGAGAGCCUGGAGCUGGGCUUCACCGAGCUUCUGCCCCCCCUCUACCCCCGCGGCAUUCCCCAGCCGCCGUCCCCCUCACCUUGGCUCGACUCCCCGUACCUGUCGUCCUCGCCGUCCCCGUCGCACUCCUCCUCCCUCAGCCCCUUCCCCGCCAGUAGCCCGAUCUCCACUUCCCCGCUGCCCCCUCUUCCCCACUCGCCCUACCCCAGCUGCCCCUAUCCUCAGGAGGUGUGCCCCUGCCCCUGCCCGUCCCCGCCAACCAACCCCGGCACCCUUCAGGACCUCUACCCGCCGCCCCCGUACAGCCAGUACGAGGGCUGGGAACCGCAGGGCAGGGCGGUCGGAGACAGAGGGACCGUCAGGGGCAUGAAGAUGCCGGAGGGACACCUGGAGUUCGCCAGCUCUCCAUCCAUGCACCACAUCACACUGGAGGAGGUCACUGAGUUCAUCGGAGAGGACAUCAGAUCUUUCCAGUCUAGUCAACACAUGGACAGCAGGCCUGGAUGACCAGCAUGAUGUUUCAUCCCAUCCCAUUUUAAAGUACAUUAAUGACUUAAUAACACAGUAUUCCAAUGGCAUUAUAUUUUGUAUUAUAUUGCAUAGACUUUGCAAUAUAUGAAAGGACUGCAGGUCUUGUUCCACUAUUGCAUUUUAAAUACAGGGGCACAGUUGUAAGUAUGUUUGUAUAAAAAGGGCUUCCUCUUGGAAACAGCAGAUUUGAAGGAAACUAAUGUUUUUAACCUGUUUGCUAAAUAAAUUAUAAAAUUAAAGUUGCAA